AUGGGUUUGGUUCCAGCCAUGUGCGCAGGCUAUUCGGGUGUACACCCGGAGAAAAUUGGUGAACCCAUACAGGUGAGCGGUGCGCAACUCAAUGAGCUAUCCUGUGAAGAAGAGUAUAGGACUUCCGGGUUUUUACUUGAUGAAAAGGAAGGCCCAGUGACUGAUGCUGAUAUUACUAGCUUUACCAAGGUACAAUUCUCGAAGGUGACCAAUUAUUUAGUAACAGCCGCUGAUGGACACCACAUAAGGCAUUACAUACUCUCGGAAGAGUAUAGGACUUCCGGUUUUUUACUUGAUGAAAAGGAAGGCGCAGUGACUGAUGUUUAUUUGACAAGUAAGAAUUCAUCGGAUGGGUACAAUUCUCGAAGACCACAUAAGGCAUUACAUACUCUCGGGUACCUCCUAUGUGCAGAGAUUGUAUCGAAUAAUCUGGACGUUUGCUGA